GUCGGUUUAAUCUACGAAUAGAAUGACAACUCAUAUUCUCAAAUGGAGAAUUGAGCACCCCCCACCUACUUCUCCCAGCUCUAACCUCUUUCAGAUUUCAGGCUUCCACAGUCUCAACAUUAGCCUAUGCAUCCGUCGCUGCCUCUGGCGUUGUUGCUUCGCCUGUACUCUUGCUUCGAUCAAUGUCUGCACUUGCCACUGCAUAGAAGGACAGUACUCAAACCUCUGCGUGAUUGAAGGAGCGCGGAGGAGCUCUCAGAACGAUGAGUUCUACAGGCGCUACUGGAGGCCGUGGCAAGUCUAAGGCCUCCAAAUCUAUUUCCCGGUCGCAGAAGGCUGGCCUUCAGUUUCCUGUGGGAAGAAUUGCUCGGUUCUUGAAGUCUGGGAAGUUCGCCGAGCGCGUUGGAGCUGGGGCCCCUGUCUACCUUGCUGCAGUGCUUGAAUAUCUAGCUGCUGAGGUUCUUGAGCUGGCUGGAAAUGCUGCGAGAGACAACAAGAAGAAUCGUAUCGUCCCUCGCCACAUCCAGCUAGCGGUGCGAAACGAUGAGGAGCUAAGUAAGUUGCUGGGCACAGUCACAAUUGCCGCUGGUGGUGUCCUGCCCAACAUCCACACGGUACUCUUGCCGAAGAAAACUGACAAGGGUGGCAGGGACAUCGGAGGGAGCAUUUCGCAGGAGUUUUAGACACUUCUCCACCCUGGCUAAGUCCAAAACAAAUUUGUCUAGACCUCCAUUACUUCCAUCUCUCUUGAUUCAGAGUACCCUCCGCUCCAUUGUCCUGGUUUUUGCUGGUUCGACAUUCACUGCCCGUCGUGUACAAAUUGCACUUUAGAUUCUGGAAGGCCAGUGCCAGAACCCUUUUAUCCCAAGUCAGCUAAAUUCGCUGUAGUUUGCCAAAAAUCUGUCGCUUUGGAUCACUUCGAUUCGUAUGAGGAAAUAUAGCAAUUCUCACGGACUUUGGUGUGAUACUUGCAUUUGUUUACCAACGAAGAUGGAUAUGGUUUACUCA